AUGGUCAGCCCACGGGUCUCGAUUCUCGUGGCUGCGGCCAUCACGCCGGCCCUGGCCUUUUGGCGCAUGGAGUGCCGCGGCGUGGCCGGCAACGCCCGCAUCGACCCCCUCAUAUCCCCCGGUGGGCCGUCCUCACACCUGCACGCCAUCAUGGGCUCCGGUGGCUUCGGCGAGUCCGCCACGUAUGCCGACAUCACGGCCAGCGACUGCACGUCGUGCCUGGUGACCGAGGACAAGUCGUCGUACUGGCACCCGGCCCUGUACUUCCUGGACACGACCACCCACCAGUACGAGCUCGUCGAGCAGGUCGGCGGCACGCUCGCCUACUACCUGCUCAACACGGGCAACGGCAACAACAACAUCACCGCCUUUCCCAAGGACUUCCGCAUGAUUGCCGGCGACAACCAACGCCGCGCCUUCACGGCCGGCAACGUCGAGAUGGCCGACCCGCCCAAGUCCAACUGGGCGGCGCUCAACCAGACGAGCCAGGACAAGCUCGCCCAGCGCGCCCUCGGCUUCAACUGCCUCGACUACAGCACCUCGCCCGAGGCGUCGCUGUACCGCCAUUUCUUCCCCGACAAGAAGUUCUUGGACACCAACUGCCCCGACGGCAUCCGCUUUGAGCUCAUGUUCCCGUCGUGCUGGAACGGCAAGGACGUGGACUCGGCCAACCACCGGUCGCACGUGGCCUACCCGGACCUGGUGAUGGCGGGCGACUGCCCCGACGACUUCCCCGUGCGACUGCCGAGUCUGUUUUACGAGACCAUCUGGAACACGGCGGCCUACAUUGGCCGCACCGGCCAGUUUGUCAUUUCCAACGGCGAUGUGCAAGGCUUUUCGUACCAUGGCGACUUCAUGACCGGCUGGGACGUCGCUUUCCUCCAGGAAGCCGUCAACACCUGCACGAAUCCCUCGGGCGAGAUCUCGGACUGCCCGCUGUUCACCAUCCAGUCCCUGUCCGACGCCCAGGCCUGCAAGAUCAAGAUUCCCGACAAUGUGGCCAGCGACAACACCGCCGGCCCCGCCGCUAGCCUGCCGGGCAACGUCGCGCCGUUUGGCAACUUCAUGGACGUCACCAUGCUCAACACAUACGACCCCGCGCUGUCGUUCCAGCCUACGUCGACGCUGGGCCUCGACGGUGGUUUCGGGGCGGGCAGCGUCGUGGCCCAGGCGGCUAACCCCACAGGCGCCGCUGCCGGUGCGCCAGUGCCCUCGUCGCCACCUAAUGCGGCCGCAACCACAGCCGUCAACGCGCAGGUCGCGGCCAACAUCCACUCGGACCACGUGCUUGCCUCGUCGCCUGCGCCCCCGCCGCCCUCGCCCUCGCCCUCGACGCCCAGCAGUGUGACGGCCCCGCCGCCCAGCACGCUGAGCAGCGACACACACACCAACGUGGUCAGCACGCAGUACAUUACCAAUGGCAACAUGGUGACCGAGAUUCUGUGGGAGGAGACGGUUGUCUAUGUCACAGAGGACCCGGAGACGGUGGUGACGACAGUCACGACGACGCCGGCCGCUGCGGUGAAGCCGCGCGUCCACAACCACAUGCGCCGCCACCGAAAGCACCGGUGGUAG